CACCCGGACAGGUUUUACCGCGGCCCGCGGCUCCCGGAAGUGUUCCGGGUCUCCUUCCGUGUAAGCUUUGUUUUCUCAGCCCGUGAAGAUGGCGGCGCCCGUGUCAAUGGGAGAGCUGCUGCGCUCGGAGCAGCUGGAGGACCCGCUGUACAAAGACGAGGGGCUGUGUGUGCUCGGGAUUUUCGGUAAAAGCGCCCUGCAGCCCAGCUCUGGUAAGGAAUCGCUCAUCAACACGCUGGCAGACAAGCACGUCUUUCCUCUGUUUGGGCCGGAGGGGGAUGCGGAUAUUCCCGGAGGAGGCAGCUUGAUUCGCGCUUAUUAUAACCAGGAGAGUCGGGUUCUGUAUCUGGUCCUCACCACCGUGUGUGACAACCGGCAGCUGCUCCGGGCCUGCGAGGCGCUGGGCUCCGGGCUCGGCCACGCCGAGGCUCACGACUUCUGGAAGGCGGCGGAGAAGCAGCGCUGCCUGCACCUGCUGUAUCUCUUCUCGCUGUGCCACAUCCUGCUGCUGGUGCACCCGACCUGCUCCUUCGAUGUCACCUACGACCGGCUCUUCCGCGCCCUGGACGCGCUCCGGCAGAAGGCUCUGCCCCUGCUGCGGGCGGCCAUCAAGGACUGCCCGGUCUCCAAGGAGUGGAAGCUGAACUGCAGACCUUGCCCGCCGCGCCUGCUCUUCGUCUUCCAGAUGAACGGGGCUCUGAAGGUCAGUGGCGGGGCCGGUGCAGGGGCCGCGGCGGGCGGAGACGCCCCGGGAGGGAACCCGGAGAAGCCCAAGAAGCACUCUCCCCGGCGCCGUCUGCAGCACACGCUGGAGGACCAGAUUUAUCGCAUCUUCCGCAAGAGCCGCGUCCUCACCAACCAGAGCAUCAACUGCCUCUUCACCGUGCCCGCCAACCAGGCGUUCGUGUACGUGGUGCCCGGGCCCGAGGAGGACCCCGUGGGCGCCCUGCUGGGGCAGCUGCGAGGGCACUGCACCCUGCGGGACAGUGAGCCCGGCGCCGUGCUGACGGGCCCCCGGCGCUACACGCAGCUGCGCCAGUCCGCCAGGCAGCCCUCCUUCACCGUGGAGGGCAGCAGCCUGGCGGGCGCUGGCGGGCAGCUGGUGGACUGCACGCUGAAGGAGUUCCUGUGGCAGCACGUGGAGCUCGUCCUCGCCAAGAAGGGCUUCGAUGACAGCGUGGGCCGCAACCCCCAGCCCUCGCACUUCGAGCUGCCCACCUACAGCAAGUGGGCACAGGUGGCCGGCCGGCUGCACCAGGUGAUGCUGGACAGCCAGGACGAGGGUUCGGCCGAGCUGGCGCUCAAGGUGCAAGGGCAGCUGAAGGUGCUGGAGGGCUUUCUGGACUCCGAUGCCAAGUUCUCGGAGAGCAGGUGCCAGAAGGCGUUGCCGCUCGCCCACAGUGCCUACCAGUCGAACCUGCCCCACAACUACACCACCACCGUGCACAAGAACCAGCUGGCCCAGGCACUGCGCGUCUACAGCCAGCAUGCCCGCGGCGUCGCCUUCCAGCGCUACGCCCUGCAGCUGCACGACGACUGCUACAAGUUCUGGAGCAACGGGCACCAGCUGUGCGAGGAGCGCAGCCUCACGGACCAGCACUGCGUGCACAAGUUCCACCUGCUGCCCAAGACAGGCGAGAAACCCGAGAUGGACCGCAAUCCGCCCAUCCUCUACCACAACAGCAGAGGGCGCUCCACCAGUUCCUGCAACUGUGGCCGCAAGCAGGUGCCACGAGAGGACCCCUUUGACAUCAAAGCUGCCAACUACGACUUCUACCAGAUGCUGGAGGAGAAGUGCUGCGGGAAGCUGGAGAGGAUCCACUUCCCCGUGUUCCAGCCCAGCACCCCCGACCCCGACCCGGAGCCGGAGGGCGAAGAGGCUGCGGGGCCCCCCGAGGCCCCGGCCGAGGGCAGUGGGGACGGCGAGCAGCUGAAGGAGGAGGAGGCUACCGGCCACACGCCGGGAGACAGCACCAGCCUGAGCCUGGCCCUCAGUCUGGGCCAGUCCGCGGACAGCCUGGGGCCCUACGGCGACGGCGCCGAGGGCCAGGAGAAGCGGCCCAGCCUGGCCGAGCGGCAGCCCUCCACGGUGGAGUACCUGCUGGGCAUGCUGCACUCCGGCUGCCCCGAGGGGCUGCUGCCCAGGUUCUCCAGCUGGUCCCUGGUCAAGCUGGGCCCGGCCAAGGCCUACAGCUGCCACUCCGGACUCGACCAGCCCGGCUUCCUCCCGGGCUCCACCUUCCUGCUGCCCUGGGACAUCGUGAUUCGCUGCCGGCCCGAGGAGGAGAUGGGGCUGGCGGAGCCGCUGGACGCCGCGCCCUCGUCCUGGCCCGCGCCCAACAAGGCGCUGGCUGGGAAGCGGGCCCCGACGGCAGGCCUGGGCCGGGGCCGGCGCGGGCGAGACGACGUGGCCAGGGCCUUCGUGGGCUUCGAGUACGAGGACGGCAGGGGCCGGCGCUUCAUCAGCUCGGGUCCCGACAAGGUGGUGAAGGUGCUGGGCCCUGGGGGCCCCAAGGAGUCCGCCACGCGUGCCCUCAACUCCGACAUGCCCCUCUACUUCCACUCGCCCACCCAGGGGCGCGGCCUCAAGCCGCACUACGCCCAGCUCGCCCGCCUCUUCAUCGUCGUGCCUGAUGCCCCCCUGGAGAUCGUCCUCGCCCCACAGGUCCAGCCAGGCCCGCCCCCCUGCCCCAUCUUCCACCCCGAGCAGAGGGAGGUGCUGCUGCCCCCGGACGGGUUCUGGGUGCUGCGCUUCCCCUACGCCUACGCCACGGAGCGCGGGCCCUGCUACCCGCCCAAGGACAGCCAGCAGCUGCCCAGCUUCCGGGUCCUGAGGGGCGCCCUGCGUGCCAACACCACCAGCCCACCCCCGCAGUGAACCCCCUGCGCCUCCAGGGACGAUGCCCCCGAUCGCUCGGAUGACCCCGCGGCCCCGCGGCAGGACCCCCCGCGCUGGCGGGGCGCAGGCUGGGCAGGACGCAAGGCAGCCGGGACAGACACCAGACUCCCGAGACACGGCUCACUGGAAAUCAAAGCCCGCAGAAGUCCGAGAGACCUGUGAGGGCUUUGUUGGGAUUUCAUUAUUUACUUCAUUUUCUCCUCUCUUUUCGGGUAAUCAGAAAUAUAACAGUUUCUGAGGAGAAUCUGCGUUGUGUUCUACUUCCUUGCUUCCUACAAACAAAGUGAAAUCGCUGUUGAGCAAGUUCAGAUCUGCUCUGAGGAGCAUCUGAGUGUCUUAACAGGUAAAAGCCUGUGCUUCACACACAGGCUGGGUCUUGUCCUGCGGAGGCCUGUCGACGCCCAGCUGUCUCCAGUAGGAGCUACGGUGCUCAACCAGCUAGUAGAGACAAGCUUGCAGAUGAUUACUUGACUGUAAACUCAACGAUCAUGACCUGCAACGUUCUCUAAAAAAAGAGAGUACCUGGAGUGUUUGCGUUCCUUUCUGACACCAGGCUAUUCACCGAUUUAAUAAAUGUAAUAAACGUUUGUCAGAUUUU